UUCUAGCAUCACAAAUAUUCACAGGUAAUUCUUUACUUCCAUGCCUUGCUCUCCUCUGCCUUGAUUCCAAGGAAUUUCUCUACUUGCGUUUUCUUUUCGCAUUUCUAUCCUCUGCUUUGAUUUCCUGGAUUUUCUCGACUUGGGUUUUUCUUUUCUGAGUUUUGUAUUCAAUCUGUUAACGGGUUAAACAGGUUUAUUUCCUUUUCCUUUAUCCUCAAUUUCCAUGAAUAUUUAUGUGGGUAUAUGAGGAUUUGUAUUGAUUUGGCAUUCUUCUGAAUAUUAUUGUGUAGUUGUGUAGACAUUUCUGGGGUGUUCUUGAAAUUUCACGCCUUGAUGACUUCAAUGUGUCAUAGCUAGGACAAAGUAAUAGCUAUGGAUACUAUGUGAUUAUUCAUCCUCUGCCUGUACUGCAACCUGAUACUUGAUUACUAGCAUCAUUGAUAUUGAUGGGUAUUAAGUCAUGGUUGAAGAAAAGAUCAUCAUUCCAAAUUACGACAAUGAUGCUAGUAGGUGGUUUGGUGGGUCUGAGUUAAAGUCUUUAACAGGUUCAAACACUAAACACACCAUAAUGGGUGAACUUGCUGCCUAGCUAGUUUGGACCUCCAGAGUAGCUGAACGUCUUUGAACUAAGUCAAAUUUUGCAAUGGCAUGGGUUAGACUUAGACAUUUUAGGUUUUGGUUCAUGACUUUCUUUUAGCAAUUCAUUGGGUGGGAACAAUAGCCUUCAGUUUCUUUCUAUCACAAAGAUUAAUCCAUGUAGCUCAUUUUGCUAGUCCUUUUGUUCCCACCAUUUCAAAUUCAUUUAUGUUAUUGCCCCCGAAAGAAGUUAUUCAGUAUAUGUUUAGCACAUCUACCUUGAGCAAUACCCCACCAGUGUUUCGUCAUAGUGCUCCGAUCAGAACUUCAAAUUAAGAUUUUUUUUUCCACCAAAGAGCAAUCAUUUCAUAUGUUCGCUUGGGUUUUGGUUUCAUUGGUUAUUGUAAUAUUUCUGAUUGCAAAGUAGAAUGGAUACUUUUCGUGAAGGAGCCCUUAUGCAGGAUUAUAGAAUAGCUGAGACUAACAAUUUCAUCAUUUACAAGAAGUAAUUGCUCCCUUAUCUCACAAGGAGAAACAAUUAUUAGUGCAAGUUUAAAUAAGUAGUGGGUGUUCACUCAGUUUUGUUGCAAAAAAUAAAGGUUUCUAAAGAGAGUGAGUUUUUGGAUGCUACUUUCGACAUUUUGUCUUUGGAUAGAUAUGUUUUUAAUUCAUGAGAUUUGAAUAUCGACAUUUGUCUGAAAAAAUGAGCUAGUCAAACAAAAUGAUUCUGUGGCUUAUUAUGCUGGCAGUGCUUGGUAGAUUAUUCUUGAAGUAGAGUGCUGCUUGUUCCUGUGGCUAUGCCGAGACAAUGGUUUGUUCUUACAUGAGCCUAUGUGUGCAAAAUGUGGUCUGCCUAAGGCGAGUCGUCCAAAGACAGAUGAGCAACCAGAUUUGUUUCAUUUCUCAGACACCAUCUUCAUUUUGUUUCCACAUAUCCUCCGGGCAUUCUGAAUCAAAAUAUGCUAGCAUAUCUGUGUCAAAAACAAACCCCCGUUCAUCUCUUGUCCGGUUUCAAGCAUUCCAGGGAAGCUCUCUUGGGUCUAUCAUCUUGAAGCAGAGUAGCAACUGGCAUUCAUUAACUGUCAAAAGUAUAGUUAAUUCUGUUCCUUCCCAGAAGACAUGCCUUUCUAUUUCAGUGGGGUGCCAAAAUAUGAAUGUGAGGCUUUGGGUGCCUAGACACACAAUAACUCUCAAACUCGAUCAUAAUAUGGGUCCUGUUUUGUGGCUGAAAGGAUUUUCAUCUGCUGGUUUAGUUUUUGGUUUGUUUGUUUGUAAUUCAAAUUCUGAACCAGUUCAUGCUGAGGCACCUGGGGCGAAAGAUGAUCCUGAUUCCUCAGCUGCCAACUUUUCACAUGGGAAGAAAGUCUAUACCAACUAUUCUGUUAUUGGCAUACCUGGAGAUGGGAGAUGUUUAUUUCGCUCUGUUGCUCAUGGAGCUUGUGUACGGUCGGGAAAGCCUGCUCCGAAUGAGAGCCUUCAAAGGGAACUAGCUGACGAAUUACGAGCAAGAGUAGCAGAUGAAUUUUUCAAAAGGCGGAAAGAGACAGAAUGGUUCAUAGAAGGUGACUUUGACACCUAUGUUUCACAAAUAAAGAAGCCUCAUGUAUGGGGAGGUGAGCCUGAAUUGUUAAUGGCUUCUCAUGUUCUCCAGAUGCCAAUCACAGUCUACAUGCACGAUGAGGAUUCUGGCGGCCUGAUAUCCAUUGCCGAGUAUGGACAAGAAUAUGGCAAAGACAAUCCUAUCAAAGUCUUGUAUCAUGGUUUUGGCCAUUAUGAUGCAUUGCAGAUUCCUGGGAAAAAGGGUGCAAAACCCAAAUGGUAGAAUCUAUUUUUGAGUUUCAAAAUGUGAACCAGCAUCAAUACUAUUAUUUAGAGAACAAAAGGAUCUGUAUUUUUUCCUUCAUUGUAUUGUCACGUUAUUAUGAUCAUAUGAUGUCCCCUUUACAGAAAAGGCUUCGAGUCAAUAAACAAAUUUUUCCAAAAAAUAAGAGUAAUCUUUCUGGCAAAAUUGUAAUCUGCACUUUCUUUGCCUGAAAAUUGUCUGGCG